CUGGGUGACAGAGUGAGACUGCAUCUCGAAAAAAUAAAAAUACAAAAAAUUUUUAAGAAAAUUUUACAAAGUGCCUGUUCUGCAUGGAAAUAGCUACUUACUUACAGAGUGGCAAGGUCUUUAAUCAGAAGCGACAGCUUGUACGCCAUCGUAGAUUUCAUACUGGAGAGAAACCUUACAAGUGUCAUGAGUGUGGCAAGAACUUCAGUCAGAUGGCAAAUCUUGUAGACCAUCAUAGACUUCAUACUGGAGAGAGACCUUACAAGUGUAAUGUAUGUGGUAAGACCUUCAGUCACACGUCAUACCUUUUUUACCAUCGUAGACAUCAUACUGGAGAGAAACCUUACAAGUGUAAUGAGUGUGGCAAGUGCUUUGGUCGAAAUACAGCCCUUGUAAAUCAUAAGGCAGUUCAUACUGGAGAGAAACCUCAUAAGUGUAAUGAGUGUGGCAAGGCCUUCAGUCAGACGUCAUCCCUUACAUACCAUCGUAGACUUCAUACUGGAGAGAAACCUUACAAGUGUAAUGAAUGUGGCAAGGGUUUUAAUCAAAAGGCACACCUUGAAUGUCAUCAUAGAGUUCAUACUGGUGAGAAACCUUACAAGUGUAAUGAGUGUGGCAAGACCUUCAGUAAGAUGGCGAGUCUUGUAGCCCAUCAAAGACUUCAUAGUGGAGAGACACCUUACACGUGUAAUGAAUGUGGCAAGACCUUCAGUCACAUGUCAUCCCUUACAUGCCAUCAUAGACUUCAUACUGGAGAGAAACCUUACAAGUGUAAUGAAUGUGGCAAACAUUUUAAUCAAAAAUCACACCUUGCACCGCAUUAUAGACUUCAUACUGGAGAGAAACCUUACAAAUGUGAAGAAUGUAACAAAGUUUUUAGAAGCAAAACACAACUUGAAAGACAUAGGAGAAUUCAUACUGGAGAGAAACCAUACAAAUGUACGGUUUGUGACAAGGCUUUCGGGCGUAAUUCAACCCUGGCAGAACAUACUAGAAUCCACACAGGAGAAAAACCUUACAAGUGUAAUGAGUGUGGCAAAGCCUUUAGGGGGCAUUCAACACUUAGUCAUCAUAAAUCAAUCCAUGGUAUAGGGAAGCUUUUCUACGGUAAUAAUUGUCAUCAAGUCUUCAGUAAGGCUACAACCAUGGCAAAUCAUUAGAGAAUCCAUAACGAAGAGAGAUCUUACAAAUGUAAUAAAGGUGGCAAAUUUUUCAGACAUCAUUCAUCCAUUGCAGUUCAUUGACAAACUUAUACUGGAGAGAAAUCUUACAAAUGUUAUGAUUGUGGCAAGGUCUUCCGUCAAGCUUCAUCUUAGGGAAAACAGGAGAAUUCAUAUAGGAGAGAAACCUCACAAUUGUUAGGACUGUGGCAAAGCCUUUACAUUCACACCCCAUUAGACAUCAGAGAAUCCACACUGGGCAGAAAUCUUACAAAUUUCAUAAGUGUGGCAAGCUCUUCAGUCCCAGGUCACUUCCUGCAGAACGUUGGAAAAUUCAUUUUUGAGAUAAUUGUUCCAAAUGCAAUGAGUCCAGCAAACCAUGAAGCAUUAAUUGACAUUAGAGUCAAUUCAGCAUUGACGUAAGUUUGAGUUGACUUAACAUUCAGCUCAAUCAUUAAUUGACAUUAAAGAGUUUAUAUGAAGAGGAUUCGUCUUGGCAUGUUUGCUCAUGCCUGUAAUCCCAGCACUUUGGGAGGUCAAGAUGGGUAGAUCACUUGAGAUCAAGAGUUUGAGACCAACCUGGCCAACAGAUGUAAGCCUCUUUUCCCAGUUUGGUUUUUGAUUUUUUUUUUUUUUUUUUAUCAAAAAUUGAUAGGAAUGUUUAGGGGUAUUGAGCUGAAUCUAAAUCACAUUGGGCUUUAUAAUCAUUUAACAGUAUUAAUUUUUGCAAUAUAUCAAUAAGGGUUGUGGGCAGGAGACCCCAUAAGUGCCGAGGCAGGAGUCAGAAGCCUCAGUCUGUUUCCAUAUAAAUAAUGAAGAAGAAAAUAGAGAUAACCGUAGUAGUUACUCAUAGGUGAUCUUAGUUAUUCAUAGGUAAUCAUUAAGACAUAUAUAAAUAUAUAUACUCAGCAUAAUCUUUUACUAAUGCGUCUCAGGUCUCGAAGUGUGAAACUAAGGUGACAUUGUGAAAGAAGUGACCCUAAGGCAAGACGCUUUAAGCGCUCUGUCAUGCCCGUGUAAGGGCUGCUGGAGGGCACCUUGGCUAUGCGACAGCACCAGUGCUGGGAAAGUGCCCGCUGUUUAGCAAGCUAUGGAAGGAGAUGUCGGACAUGUCUUCUUCCUCCCAGGAGCUAGGAGAAAACUCCACUCCCCAGGUUCUUGCGGUGGGUCUGAUGGCUGUCAGGGAGGCCCAUAGACAUCCAGGGGCUUAAUUGUCUCUAUGUGAUGCAAUGCUUCAGUGGUCAUGUUUCAUGUCUACUUUCAUAUUCCACUUCUGGACCUGGUUCCUCUUUUUCUUAGAAGGUAAAAUCAGUAAAAGUAACAUAAAUAUGAAUGUCUUGACAAGUACAGAACAGCGCUGACUAAUUAUGCUCCUUCCCUUGUUUUGGCUUCUUGAGAGUCCUGGGCCCCUACCUAGAUGACACGUGAUGUACUUUGACCCUAUCACUGACCACCAAUCCCUUGCCUACCUACCCUGCCCCCAGCUUUGUAGUCAAUAAAAGUCAGAGUGUGCGGACACUCGGGGCCAUGGCCGGACUCUGCACUUUGGUUGGCAGUGGGCCGCUGGGCCCAAACUCUCUUGCUCCCGAUCUCAGUGUCUUGUGACUAUUCCCAGUUUCUCGUCUCCAUACCACUAGAGAGGGGCUCACAGGACCCUGUAGGGCUGGACCCUACAUCUGGCUCUCCAACCUGGGUUUCUCUCUUGUGUGAAGGUACGCAUUGUGCGUGGAAGCAGAGGAUCUUUCGGUGAGAAAUUCCUGAGGACUAUGAUUAACAAGCUUGUGGUAAGCUUAGGUGCCUCAGAGGAAUCCAGGGUAAUCGUGGUACAAGCCAGUACGAAAUGCUCGGCCUAUCUUAAUUUUAUUAGAAUUCUUCAAAAAGGAAGGUCACAGUUUCUUCUGAGAAAUUUAUUCAGUUGUUGGAGGUUAUGGAUCAGUUUUGCCCCUGGUUCUCCAUUGAAGGACCUUGAAACUCCAGGAUUGGGAUAAGGUCAGCCACCAUCUUAAAGUGACUCAAAAGGAACGGACUAUUUUUCUGUUGCAAUCUGGUGUAUUUGGUCUUCUGUACUGUCCUCAAGUCUCUGCAGACAGAGGAAGAGUCCUUGGAGGCCGACUCCUCCUUCCUGUCUUCAGAGGAGGUUGAGGAGAUUGUUGGGUCACUUCCUCCGGAGGACACAGCCAAGAUUGAACACGCCAUUGCUAAUAUGGAGGUGGACCCAGCAUUCACUUUUGUCUCUCCACCUACUCCUAAGCCUUCUGCACCACCUGUUACUGUAUCUGAUGACCUCAUGCGUGAGUUACAGACUAUUGAUUGGCAAAGCCCGAUUGAGCAGUCCGUGCAACGGCCGUCGUGGCCAGAAGCUUCCGCCCUCUCUCAGCCUGCUGUAGGGCUGUGAACCAUCCAUCUAAUCAGCCCAGUGAUGAAGCUCUCAACUCUAUCCCUGUUCAGGCUUGCUGAAAGGCCCUCAACUCUGUCCUGUGCAUCAGGCUCCUCAGAAGUCUGCUCUGUCGUCCAUUGGUCAGCCUGGUUUUCAGGCCCUUGAAAGACCUCCUCUGCAGGUAACGGAUUCACAGCCUGGUCCACAGCCCUUGAAAGAUGCGUCACAGGUAGCCACGGGUCAGCCUGGUUUAAAGGCUCUCAACCUCUCUUCUCAGCAUUCCAAUUUCCUUUCUGUUUCUGGUCCAUCCGUGAUUGUGGUUUGCUCCCAAAAACAAAUGUCACAUACAUAGGUGAGGAUGAUAUGCCACUGACGACAGCUAUGACUCAGGCUCAUGAAUAUGGGGAUUCUGAGGUGUCGCAGUUUUCCAUGGUUUUGCAGCCUCCUAUACCUGCUACUCCCGUCCUGGCACCCCCUGGCACUAAUCCACCUGCUGUUCUUGCUCUGCAAGCCAAUGGCACCUAAGGGCGCACAGCCUGACACUCAGGCACCAACGCCUGUUUCUGAGCACCCUGUGCCCACUGCUGCUGGUAUUCCUGGUGUACAAGCUGUCACCCAGUCAGAUCCUCUCAGUCCAGGACCGCUUCAGGUGCACAUGGCAAAUUGGGACUGCUCUGAUUAAGUUUUUGCCUGAUGACGAUUUGCUUUCACUUUUUUUAAAAAAACAAUUCCAGGAUACGCUUCAAGCCUGGUCUUCCCCUUUCUAUAUUACUCAUAUUUGUUCUGAUUCUCCUUUGCCAGGGCCUCUGUCAGCAGCCAGUGCUAGAGCCGAUGCAUUAGUCGCUUCUGCAAUUGAUUUUCAUGCGGUAACUCAUACUAAUGCGGCGAGUUUAAAAACAAAUUAUCCAUUACUUGGAAACAAGCUAAAUCUACUGUCCAACAGUGUCCUUCUUGUCAGGUUUUAGUUCGACAGUGACUUUCCUUGCAGUUAACCCUAGGGGACUUUCUCCUAAAACUCUUUGGUAGAUAGAAGUUACCCAUGUUCCCUCUUUUGGUAGACUCUCUUUUGUGCAUGUUACUGUUGAUAACCUUUUCUCAUUUAACGUGGGCUACUUGCCAGACAGGAGAAAGCACCGCCCACCUGAGCCUCCCAAAGUGCUGGGAUUACAAGUGUGAGCCACCGCACCUGGCUGUAUGUUUUAAAUCACUUUGAUCAAUGUUUGUAGAUUUCAUGGUACAAAUUUCUCAGCUUUUUACAUUGAUUCCUAAAUAUUUCUUACUUUAGGUUCUCUAACAAAUAGAAGUUUUUUAAAUUUUCUUUUAAAAUUGUUUAUUGUUAAUGUAUGGAAGUUAACCUAAUUUUUGGUGCUGAUAUUGUAUUCUGCAAAUACACCAAAUGCGUUUAGUAGUUCCAGUAGUAUCUUGGUUGACUCUUUAUGAUUUUCUAUACAAAAGAUUAUGUCAUUUACAAACACAUGUAAUUGUACUUCUUUCUUUCUGAUUUGGAUGAGUUUUAUUUCUUUGGCUAUUUAAUUGCUCUGGCUAAGACAGCCAGGAUUUAUUGAAUAGAAGGGGUGAGAGCGUUCGUGGACCAUGUGAGAUCCUACAGGAAAAGCAUUCCGUUUUCUCGGACUGGUUAUUUCCACUGUGGUCGUUUCAUGGAUGGUCUUUACAUUGUUGCGGUAAAUUUGUAUCUCUAUUUGUUUUGUUUAGGAUUACUAUGAUGACUGGAUGUUGAAUUUUGUGAACUGCUUUUUCUCCAUCUGUUGAGGUGAUGUGGUUUUUAUCUUUCAUUCUGUUACAGUGAAAAAUGACAUUGAUUUGCUUGAAUAUGGGGACCCAUCCUUGCAUCCCAGAGAUAAGUGGCACUUGAAUAUCUACAAUCCUUUUUAUAUCCUCUUGAAUAGAGUUUUCUAGUACAAG